CAAUAAGUUAAAUGUCAAGUAGACAAACGGCGCACAGGCAUUUUGAAUCGCAAGCGCUUUACAACUGCGUUUUAAACGAUAACGUUUCAAUAGAGCCACUUCAGUCGAAGAUUAAUUUUUCAAAUACGAUGUCGCUUGAAGUGAGUGGAAGCAAAAGAAGUAACGAAGUUGAAAAUGAAGCGCAAGAAAUCGAAGCGCUGGUAUAUUCAGCAAAAGUUGGCCAAUGGCAAAAGGUAUGGGAUAUAUUGGGGUCGCCUUCAAAUCCAAGAAAGGGCUACUUAAUAAAUGUGAUCCCGCAGAGUCGGAGAUGGGGCGUGCUUCACCAGGCGGUAUACUGGCAAGAUCCCAAUAUCCUACGAAUUGUGUUGAAAUUCAAAUCGUGCGAUUCGGAUAUGAAGGCUAAGAAGUGUAUGUCUGCAUGCGGAGAGACGGGGCGAAUGAACUCACUGGACAUUGCAAAUGCAUACGGCUAUACGGCGAUGAGUACCAUUUUAUCAAACCACAUGAUGAACAGCGUUCGGGAACAGAAAAUUCCGACAUUUCAACCGUAUGAUGGUUACUGUGACAACAAAGGGCUGUGUUUGUUAUCCGUCACAUUGGCAUCUUAUAAACCAGCCUUCCAUCCAUCUCCUGUUGAUCCAAACAAGUCUGUUUUGACUCUGCUUCUCGACAUUUUUACCGACAUUUGCAGGGGCGAUAGCAGAUGGAAAAAGGUUCAGGAGGUGGUUGCCGAUUCGGUGUAUGCCGUAUCAAGUGAAAAGGCGGAAUACAUAAGGGCGUGUAUUGACAGAGAAUCCUUCUUUGGCCAGGUAAUUCGCUCAUACACGAAUGAAAACAAUUCGAUCUACUCGUACUUAAACAUGGCAUUCAGAAGGCAAAGGGAGCAAAACUACAGUCCGAGCGCAGACGACCUGGCAAUGGGCCCUUACUGUGUCAUGUACCAAAUGCUGUUGCUGUUUUGGAAUAAUCUCGAAAGGGAAAAUACUCGCACGUACAGAAAGAUGGUGCUCACAAAGACUGAUGCAGAUAAAUACACAAAGGGAACGAAAUUUGUUUGGCAGUCCAUAGUUUCCUCGGCUGUUCAACAUGAUCACACACACGCAUUCCCUACUCAGGGUCCUAUAGGAGACACGACAAUAAUAUUCACAAUCGACAACUCCACGCCGUGCGUUUGGCAGCCACGCAACAUCGAGGCACACGCAGAGUUCGAGGAAACGGAACGGACAUAUCCGGCUGGAGCAAAGUUUGUUGUCACAAACAAAAAGGUUGUAGAUGGGGAAGUGCGUGUGGACCUUACGCUGCUCGCUAAGUGAACUUUGAUAACAUUUAUUUCAAAUGCUCGUGUAUAAUGUGACGAUAAAUGUCACUGUAAGCGCCUACAGACACACUUAAAUUAUAAUAUGGUCGUUGUUUUUGUUUGUCGGUUGUGGUUUUGCUUAAACGUUAAUGAAAAAUCAUCAAUGUGCAAUUAAAUACAUGUUUUGUUGACAAUUUAAAGUAACAUUACUACUCAAAAUCAACGAAAAUUUCGUACGAUAUUUCGUAAAGUAAAGCUAAACAAUUAACAACCAUUGUUCCUUAUGGCAAUUGCCGAAAUUUCAACACCAGAUGUGGUCUGGUAAAAUAGAUGUUUGUGGAUACAAAAUGCUCGUUUUUAGUAUGGUUUUAACAUAGGACCAUUUUAGUGUUCGUGUGUCGUAUGAAUAGAUAUAUUUGCAGGAAAUUAGCAUGGAAUUUAUUGUGGUCACAAAUAAAUAAAAACGAGAAUUUUGUAUCUACAAAAAUCUAUGUAAUCAUACCACAUCUAGCGUUGAAAUUGUGGCUAUUGCUAUAAGGAACACUGAUUGUUUAGGUGUAAACUUUAUGUACAGUUUAUAAUUUUAUCAUGUUUAUAUCAUUAUUAUCUAUGUAUCGUUUUUGUUUCGGUAUAGGAAUAUUUUAAUCAGUUCAUCUAGAUACUAGUCAUUUAAUAUUAUUUUAAAUGCUGAAGAUGUGAUAUUGUUUUUAUCAGCUUUCCUUUAAUUGAUAUUAAAUUCUUUUUAUUAGGUUUUAAGGACAUUGCGUUAUGUGAAAAAUUGUGUAUUAAUUUCAAGUAUUUUUUUUUUAGCUUUUUUGUACUCCAUAAAUAUAUUUCUUUAUAUUCCUUUAUAGUCUAUUCCCUACUGUGAAUUCAAAAUGCCAAACAUAGAUUUGUACUGUGAUAAUAUAAUUUGGCCAAUCAUCUGUGAUAUCAUUCCAUUUAACAAUGUGUACUCAUAUGAACUUUAUUAUAAGGUCAAUGUUUAAUAACUACUUUUUGUUAGUUAAAAGCUCUCUAUGUCAUGCCACCAGCACAAAGGACCACAAUGGAAAUAAGAGUCGCUCUUUUUUGUGUUAUCCUUGGUGUUUGGUGUGCAUGUCAUGGUUUAUUUAUUCUCAUGUGUUCUACUAUUCUGUAUUAUACAUGUUGUUUUAAAUGUCCAUGUAUGUGUAUUCUAUACCGAAAUAAAUCAAUCAAUCAAUCAAACUUUAUUUUACGAAAUACUUUAAUAAAUAUUCUUUGAUUUUUAGCGUUAUAGAGACUUUAAUUACCAUUUAAAUGCCUACAUCUCGUACCUUGUACGCUGUCGUUGCUGUCCUAAUUAUUUCUUAUUAAAUGUUACUAUAUGACUUGUUGAUUUAUAUAAUUCUACAUUAUUUGACAUAUUGGAAAAUGUACAAAAAUGAGAAACGUCUGUCUGAAAAUGUUGACCUGUUGUUAGCAAAAUGGAUUGUCGUACAAAUUUAUAUUUAAAUUGUACACACGCUUAAAUAAACCUAUACGAUACAAACA